AGAGGUGGAGAGAAGGGAUUUAAUGGACAGUGCAUCAGAAGUGCAAGAGACACUAAACCUUCUGUGCAGCAUAAACAUCAAAAUGCGGUGGAGGAAUUUUGUUUAGAAGAGUGUUCUCUGGCUCCUGCUAGAGGCGACCAGAGAGAGGACACACUCAGCUCUGCAAGGGGCAAAUGACAUAGGAUGACCCCUGCUGGUCCCCCUCUUACUGUCUGUGAUAUCGUCUCUCUUGUGGCUAACGUGGGGCUUCGACCCAGCUCCCAGCGCCUGCUCAGCUCUGGCCUCCGGGGUUCUCUACGGCUCGUUCUCGCUCCAGGACCUCUUCCCCACCAUCGCCACCGGCUGCUCGUGGACCCUGGAGAACCCCGACCCCACCAAGUACUCCCUGUACCUCAAGUUCAACCGGGAGGAGCAGGUGUGCACCCACUUCUCCCCCAUGGUGCUGCCACUUGACCAUUACCUCGCCAACUACACCUGCGGCCCGCAGGGAGACGCGGGGCCGCCCCCCCGGGGCCAGGAGGACAGAGAGGAGGAAGGGGAGGCCCGACUGGAGCUGUGCCAGGGUGCCAGCCCCAUCACCUUCCUGCACUUCGACAAGAACUUUGUGCAGCUGUGCCUGGCCGCCGAGCCCGAGGCCGCGCCCCGGCUGCUGGCCCCCGACGCCCUGGAGUUCCGCUUCGUGGAGGUGCUGCUCAUCAACAACAACAACUCCAGCCAGUUCACCUGUGGGGUGCUGUGCCGCUGGUUCGAGGAGUGUCUGCGGCUGGGGGAGCGGGGGGCGCGGCGCUGCAGCCUCACCCAGGCGGGCUGCAGCUGCCAGGCCGAGGUCCCGCCGGUGCCCCGGCAAAACGAGACGCUCUCCAAUGCCCUGCCGUCUGCCGACGCCCCGGCCGCCACGAGCAGCAGCCAGUGCUGCGUGACCGAGCUGCAUUCUGGGAAUGCGAAUGAUUUAUACGCGUCAGAGAUUAAAUACGCUGAUUUCCCAUCCGUCUCUGCUGUGCUGAGACCUGCAUCCCACCACCUGGCUGAUGUGAGCUCCCAGUCCAGACCCAGCAGCCUCUCCUGA